GUCUACGCGUCUUCCUUGCCUUCGCUUUCGGAUUUCGUUUGGUGUCGUUAGUGUGAUCUUUAAAGAUUUAGUUUGAAAGUCUCGUGGAUUUAUCGAUUUCAGAUACUAAAGUUGAAGAAUGCAAAUGCAAGGUAUGAAUCAUUACGGAAAUAACAGAGGAUUUGGAGGGCCACCACAACCUCAAAGACAGGGUGGUCGUCGUGGUAUAAAUAGAGGUGGUUUCCGGAACUCGAGGUUUGAACCCAAUAACCAAAGGAAUCAUAAUCAAAAUCAAAAUCAGAACCAAGGAGCGGGGGGUCAACGACCUAAUAAUGAGCCAGUAAAGCCAGCUCAGCAAUCGCAACCUCAGAAACCUAAUGUGCCAGCAAAAGAAUCAGAAUCAGCUUCACAACAACAGAAGUCAUUGCCAGCACAGCCAACAACUCCUCAACAGUCAAAGCCUGGUCCUAAACCCCAACAGCAGCAGCAGCAGCAACCACAACAGCAAGCUCCCCAGCAACAAUCUAAGCCUCAGCCUAUGCAACAACAACAAAUGCAAAAAACACAAAAUGUUCAAUCCAAACAAGAUUCUCAGGACAAAGUUGACAAUGUACAAAAUGUAGAUCAGAAGAGUCAAGUUCAGAAUCAAAAUCAGAACAAUCCGAAUAUGCAACAAAAGAAUUUAAAUGGCAACUUUGGAGGCAACAAACAAGGAGGAUCCUGGUCUCAAGGAGGCCCAGGCAACAAACAGGGUGGAAACUUUAAUCAAAGUGGCGGUUUUGGCCAAGGUGGAGGAAACUUCCAAGGUGGUCAAGGUGGAAACUUUGGUCAGGGCAAUAGACAAUUUGGUCAAAAACAAGGAGGUGGACCUGGCCCAGUACGUAAUCAACAACGUAAUCCUCGUGGUCCAACACAAGAUGGUAAACCAAUUCAGAGAGAAGAACAUAUGCUUGCUAACAAGUUGAAGGACUUAGUUGGACCACUUGUUGAUAUACCACAAAUAGAUCAACCUGAAGUGAAAUUUAAUGGUAGAAGCAGACUGUAUAUUGGUAAUCUUACCAAUGAUGUAUCAGAAGAGGAAAUUCUUAACCUCUUUGCACCUUUUGGGGAAACUGCAGAAUUAUUUAUAAAUAAGGAAAAAGGAUUCGGAUUCAUUAAAAUGGACUACAGGGUAAAUGCUGAAAGGGCCAAACGGGAGUUGGAUGGAAAAAUGAGGAAUGGUAAAACUUUAAGAGUAAGAUUUGCACCACAUAACAGUGCUAUACGUGUAAAAAAUUUGCCACCAUUUGUAUCAAAUGAACUUCUUUACCGUGCUUUUGAAAUAUUUGGCAAAAUUGAAAGAGCCUAUGUAAAAGUUGAUGAGCGUGGAAAGACUCUUGGAGAGGGAGUGGUUGAGUACUCCCGCAAACCUAGUGCUUUGGCUGCUAUUCGUAAUUGCACAGAAAAAUGUUUCUUCCUUACUUCGUCACUUCGUCCAGUUAUUGUUGAAAACUUUGAAGAACCUGAUGAGAUGGACGGAUAUCCUGAGAAAAAUUUACCUAAAAAACAUCCUGAAUAUUUGAAAGCCCGUGAGAUUGGCCCACGUUUUUCUGAAUCUGGUAGUUUUGAACAUGAAUAUGGCACCAGGUGGAAGCAACUGCAUGAACUACACCGUCAAAAAGAAGAAGCUCUGAAAAAGGAGCUAGCUGCUGAAGAAGAGAAACUGGAGGCACAAAUGGAAUAUGCCAAAUAUGAGCACGAGACUGAGUUACUCCGGGAGCAGUUGCGGCAGCGCGAGCAGGACCGCGAGAGGCAGAAGCGGAGUUGGGAGAUGGCGGAGCGCGCGGCCGAGGAGCGGCGCGAGACUGAGCGUGCGCAGCUGCUGCGGCAAGAGGAGGAACUGUCGCAGCGCAUGCGCAUGCAGGACGAUGAGCUGCGCCGGCGGCAACAGGAGAACACGCUAUUUGUCCAGGCUCAAAGACUGAAUUCACUCCUGGAUCGUCAAGAACAGGGCAUGUUUGAUCAGCAGCAGCCAAUGGAUGGAGGCUACAGAGACCAGUACGACAUGCCACGUGGAGGUUAUGACGACAUGAAGCAGAAUCGUGGUUGGGAUGGGCCUCGACAAAUGGAUGAUUUCCCUAACAAACGUCGUCGUUUCUAAAUAAACGAAACUAAACAUGUCAAAUAAGGACCUUAAUUGAUCUUUAUGAAGUAACUUAUAUGAGAAUUUAUAAAUAAGCAUUAAUAACGGGAAUAUUAUAAUUAUGAAAAUUAAUUCAUCCAUUUUGAAGAAUAUUAGUUAAGGCGUUUUUAUAAUUGCGACUUAAUGAUCCCGUUAUUUUUACUUAUAAGAUGCUACGUUGAAAGGCAUAUUGCCUUCAUCAGUAUCGCUUAUAAUGAUGUAGGUAGAUGUAAGGUAUAUUCACAAACUUAUAAUACAUUUUCUGUAGAACAAGUUAUCUCAUAAUUAUAUGUUAGAUUUUAUAUAUACAUUAAAAUUAAUAUUC